ACUGUGCCCGACCACACUCUCAUCGCUCUCGUAUUUUCGAUCGCUAGGGCGGGAGGAAACGGAGGGAACCAUCCCGCCGUUCGUUCUUCCAUUCUCGUUUUGAUCCGCCGGCGACAGCACCAUCGAUCCGCUUCUUUCGUCUCUCUCUGUCUCUUCCCUGGUCGAUACAGUUGAGUGCUAAAGAGGACGGUUUUACGUGGUCCAUUUAUCCUGAAAUUGGAACAUUUGCGUUCUAGACGUUCUUCAAAUGGGCUAUAUAGGUGUUCAUGGUGUCAACACACUGCAUAAGUACAAGUACAGUGGCGUCGAUAGGUCCUAUGUGGCGAAGUAUGUCUUGCAGCCAUUCUGGAGCCGCUGUGUGAAUCUCUUCCCACUUUGGAUGCCGCCAAACAUGAUCACUUUGACGGGUUUCAUGUUCUUGGUGGUAUCUGCUCUUCUGGGUUAUAUUUAUUCUCCUCGUCUGGAUUCUCCUCCACCACGUUGGGUGCAUAUUGCACAUGGGUUGCUCCUCUUUUUAUAUCAGACUUUUGAUGCUGUUGAUGGCAAGCAGGCCAGGCGCACUAAUUCAUCCAGUCCACUGGGUGAACUCUUUGAUCAUGGUUGUGAUGCGCUUACAUGUGCGUUUGAGGCUCUGGCAUUUGGGAGCACUGCUAUGUGUGGAAAGGAUACUUUCUGGUUUUGGGUGAUAGCAGCAGUUCCAUUCUACUGUGCUACAUGGGAACACUUCUUCACCAACACGCUUAUUCUUCCAGAAAUAAAUGGACCUACCGAAGGGCUUAUGCUGAUUUACAUGGCUCAUUUUUUCACAGCUGCUGUAGGUGCUGAAUGGUGGGUGCAGGAUGUUAGAUCGUCUAUUCCGAUUUUGAAUUGGAUACCCUUGAUUCCUGAAAUUCCAACAUAUCGGAUGGUGCUGUUUUUAAUGAUUAUUGGUGGUGUUGUGCCUACUGUUUCAUACAAUAUAUUCAAUGUACGCAAAGUUGUGCGAGCAAGGAGGGGAAGCAUGUUCCUUGCGUUAGCUAUGCUUUUCCCAUUUGGCAUGAUUUUGGGGGGAGUUUUGGUGUGGUGUUAUCUCUCUCCUUCAGAUAUCAUGCGCCACCAUCCUCAUUUGCUGAUAGUGGGAACUGGGUUUGCAUUUGGUUUUCUUGUGGGGCGGAUGAUCUUGGCUCAUUUAUGUGAUGAACCAAAAGGCUUGAAAACUGGAAUGUGCAUGUCCUUGUUAUAUCUUCCACUUGCAAUAGCAAAUUGUCUGUCUGCAAGUCUUCUUGGCGGGAUACCACUUAUCGAUGAAUAUUUGAUUCUUCUUGGAUAUUGUGCAUUUACUGUGUCCCUUUAUAUGCAUUUUGCCACUUCUGUUGUCCACGAGAUUACAACUGCUCUUGGAAUAUAUUGCUUCAGGAUUACCAGAAAAGAAGCUUGAACUCUCUGCUAUGGACGUUAGAAUGUACAGGAUUAACCAGAAAGGAAACUUGAAGAUUUGCUUCUUUAGAACAUAUAAGGUGCAAGUCCUUGUAUCAUUCAAUUGUUAUACACCUGUUAUUCUCCGGCUGGAUAUUCGGAAAGUUUUUCACUUGCUGCCAUUUUUUCU